AUGAACUCCGAGCACUUCGAUGAUUUAGAUCGCUUGCUGUUCGGCUACACUGUCUGGGCAAACCGUCUUCUACCACGCGCUCCCUUUGUCGAAGUUGUCGACCGCCUAGAGACAGUUGGAGCGAAACGCGAAGUCCAAGCGCGUUUGAGAAACCUUCGCAAUGGAUUAUGGAACCUCAACACAACAGGUGUGACUUCUGAAUUUGUCAGUCAAGUAGACGAUGAGGACACCGAUGGACAUGAGGAUCUCCCAGAGGACUAUGAUAUUCCAUUUGAGUCACUUUAUUCAAGAAAGGCAAGUCUUAAAUGCGUGAUCGUUGUUUUGUUGCUGACUUUUACCGAAAAAACCAAAUUUUCAAUGCCUUAG